AUGGAGAGAUGUAUCCCCUGCAACCGGAAAUUUAAGAGCACAAAACACCUCGAGAAACACAUUCAAUACUCCCUAGCUCACUCUCAGAAGUACGAAUGCCGCAGCUGCAAGCGAUCCUUUAAAAGCGAAGCGGCUCUCGAGCAGCACAUUCAAAACUCCACAGCUCAUUCUCCGGAGCAUAACCCAAACAACCGCAACCCUCCAUUCGAAAAUGAUACUCACUCCCGCAAGGCGAGAUGGUCCAUGUAUCCGACGCACCACGAGAGUGUAUCAAGCCUGCUGCAAGAGGACGAUCUGUAUUUCGAUUUCCACGACGUUGACAGAGCCGCAGGCUGUAUCAACGAGUACGAUACAAACAUCAUGGGCAAAUUCAUCUGCGACAAUAAAACAUGCAGCACAAAUGGGUGGUCAAGCAAAAGAAUUGCCAUCACCAUAAGAAUGUACCCCGGGGAGGAAUACAAUGCGAGGGUAUAUCAUCAACGCUGCGACGGCUGCGGCGACCUCAGCAGACCUGUCUUAAAUGAGACCUAUGCUGAAAGGAUCGCGUAUCGUAUCAAAAAAUGGAAUGGGAUUGCGGUGGAUUCGGUCCUUUAUUCAUCUAGGAGUCAAGGCCCCCAUCAUACUGAUCUCUGUGAAGGGUGCAAAGCAGGCCAUUGCAAAGCCCUUGCAUGA